CGAAAGCAGGCCGGCAAAUCGCAUGAAAUCGGAACGCCAGUAAAAUCGAGUUUUUCGGCUUCAGGCAGUACUGGUGCGAGAAAAGGAGGAAAGGAGGAGAAGAAGUAUUAAGAAAAUUGUAACAAGCAUAAGUUGAAGUUCAUCUUUUUUUAUUCUUUCGUACUAGCCUUAGCCUAAUUUUGUUAGGGAAAUAACAAGAAUCAAUAAAAAUGACCAGUUUAUCCGAGUCAAAAGUUUCCAUUCUUGGAUUUCGUCGUCGAACGAUGGCGAACUUUUCUAGAAUAUUGUCGUACUCCUACACCGAGCAACAACCAUCAAAAAAACAAUCUUCAGGCCCUCUUCCAGCAACCUUAUAUGACGCUUAAAACAACCAUCUUCAGGUGCUCUUCUACCUGAAGAUGGUUGUUUUAAGCAUCAUUGCUAGUUGUGUUUGUGUCGAUGGUAGUUGCGUUUUUUAUUACUGCUGUCGGCGAAGUACCGCGAACAUCAUUGAAACUUUGAGUUGAGGGCUUUAAGACGUUUAAAACAACCAUCUUCAGGUGCUCUUCCAACAGGCUUGUGACGCAUCCACAAGACGGGCUGAAAACGAAGUAUAGCGCGGCCUCUACCACUUCGCGGUACAGUGCACGUGAGCAUUUGGAGCAGGG